ACACGAGAGGAGGAAAAACAGGAGAGCGUCCGUUCAUCCGUCACUGCCGUAAGAAGAAAAGACUGAACCAGAUUUAUAUGUGCUUAUCCUUAAGCUGACCCGUGCAGAUACUGCAGCAUGUCUUUCUGUAAGUUCUUUGGCGGUGAGGUCUACAAGGAUCAUUUCAAACCAGGUAUGUAUGUGUGCUCCCAGUGUAACCAUCCACUGUUCUCCAGUCGGUCCAAGUUCGCCCACUCGUCUCCCUGGCCGGCGUUCACUGACACCAUCAGAGAGGACAGUGUCACCAAGAUGAUGGAGACCCUCACUGCCUACAAGGUUCUGUGUGGCAAGUGUGGCAACGGGCUCGGCCAUGAGUUUGUAAAUGACGGCCCGGAGGAAGGAGUCUCACGCUUUUGAAUAUUCAGUCACUCGCUCAAGUUUGUCCCAAACAAAGUCAAGGACAAGCAGUGAAGAGCGAGGUAUGAGUUUCUACUCCGGCUGCUGUAACUGCGGCUCAGUCCAGGACCAGUGAACAGGUCGGGUCAGUGUGUGACGUGGACGGGGAAAAGGCCUGAGAGGGACGUCCUGUCCACUGAAGAAUCUAUGACCAGCCUGUGACAAAGUGACCGGACCUCACAUCUGCAAAUAUUCCUUUACAAAAAAAAGUUACAUUCCUCAAAUACCUCAUACUUAAAUACAUUUUAACUCGAUGAUAAUACAUUUUAAAAUUUAAAUCAUAUCAGUAGAUGCACAUUAUCUUAUUAAGAAAUUAUGAAUUUUUGCUUGGUUUUUCACUAUCUGUUUAAUUUUACAUGAUAUUGCUGCUAUCAAUUACUCCUAAUUACCUCCUAAGGGUAAAUGUAACCGUAUUAUCUAUGCACUGGAGAAGCUCACAUCAGUCCACUCUUUUAGUAUCUGUUUUGUGUGUUUAUUUCAAGAUUUUUUUGAACUUUAGAACUUUUCUAUAUUUGCAUUUUACUUUGAAAAAUUCACCUAGAGCCAAGAGUUCAGUGGACAAAUGCAAAACAUUUUGAUGACUGCUUGUUACAUGAUAUUGAUGAGGAACAAACAAUAAAUAAUAGUUU